UCAUUCAACACAAAGUGAUAAAGUAUACACAAAAACAAGUGAAAAGGGUAUACAAAAGGACCAAGCAGCAAUGCUCAGAGAACAAAUAUCACAGACUGUGGAAUUAGCUUUGUUUACAUUUGAACAGAGUGCACAGACUGAUGAAAAGAACAAGAGUACAAAGGAAGAAGUUGUACAAACUUACAAAAUGUUAGAUAAUAAAACUGUACAAACAGAGAACGUAGCACUGGCUAUUAGUGAAGAAUGUACACAAACUGAGGACAAUAGUUUGAAUGCAAAGCAUGAAAAUAUCCAAACUGAGACCGCUAUUAUUUGCCUAGAGGAACAAAUGGUACAGACUGAGGAGAAUCCCAUUAGUGUUUGUGAACAGAGUUUUCAAACUGAGGAAAAUUGUACAAACAUACGUAAUGAAUCAGUACAAACUCUGCCAAGAAUAGUUAAACCAAUUGAACAGACCAUACAAACAGAGAGCACAGCUAUUAGUGCAGGUGUACAAACAGAGGAAGUAGUUAAGUAUGUGAGUGAACAAUUUACACUUACUGAAGAAGCAUGUGUGUCCAAUGGUGACCAAGCAAUGCCAACUUUAGAAGAAAAGAAUAAACCAAAUGAACUUGUACAAAAUACUAUAGUUAUAGAUGAAGGAAUUGUACAGACGGAGGAAAUGCCUGUAUGGUUCUAUGAGGAACUAACAGAAACUGUAGUAAAUGAUAUACAAAACACAGAGAUAUUAGAAAGCUCCUCUAAUCCAAUGUUAAACUCCAAUCAGACUGAUUCUGAUGACCUAGGAGAAAUAGAUAACAUUGAGAUUGAGUUCAACCAUUAUCACAAGGAAUGUGUAAUGAAUGACAUAGAGUCCUUUUUAAGCUCCAUAUUAGCAAACAUGGAAGCAGAAAUAGUGUCUGCAGAUCCCAUCUCAAGUGACGAUUCAUUGCCUGAUUGCAAGUUUCAAACAUUGCUACCUGAAUUUGAUGAUAAUAUGAAGGAGCGUUUGGAAAUGCACCAUUCACAAACAGCUUUAAAAAUGAAGCCGUUACCUAAUAUAAAUUCCAAACCAGACAAUAUUCAAUCCCCAAUGCAAUUCAUAAAUGAAGAAUUGGACAGGAUUAAUUUAAAAGACAGGGACACCAUUAUUAUGUCAGGUAUCAACGCCAAGGAGGAAAAGUUAAAUAGCAAAUUAAUACUAAAUGAAGAUUUUCAAGUUGACAUAAAGGACAGCUUUGUGACUGAAUUGGAAUCGAAAAUGGAAGAAACCACUAUAGACACAUUGAACAACGGUGUUAUAGAUUUUGAUUGUGAGGAUGAAGAUUUUGGCUUAGAUAAGUUGUUUUGCCAUAACAAUGCAGAAACUUGCAAUUUUGCAAGUAAGGAUAAACGAAUGAAAUAUACUCGACCAUGUUCACUAAUUCUUAGCUUAAAAUACAGACCUUUAUUCCCCAACUUAAUCAGAAAUAGGAGAAAGAAGCCUCCUAGAACCAACUCGAACAUCGAUAGGCCCCAAGCUUACAACAAAAUGACAGAAAGAGUGAACUUAACUAAAAACAGGGAUACGUUUGUUGAGAUGGAAAAUAACGAUUAUAAGUUUAGCCUUAUAGGAACAUUACCCAGAUGUGAUGAGGAAGGCUUACAAGAUGAAAUUGUGGAACCACAGCAGCUGCAAACAUUUACAGAUAAUAAACUACAUUUACAGAAUGGUGAUGGAAAUGUAGGAAAUCACAACUCCGAAACUAGGAAAAAACAUAAAACUAUAAAACAUUAUUCUCGGCCAUGUUCAAUAGUUUUUAGGCUAAAAUCCCAAUCGGUCCCAUUAAACGUAUUUACACACAAAACAAAGAUGGGGCGUUUGAAAUCGAAGUCGGCUAUGGAAUGCGAUACAGACAUUAAAAAUAAACUCUAUUCAUCGAGAAAUGUGGAAAAAAUAAAACAAAAACAAACUCGUAGAUUUUUCAGUUCUUUGCCACCUGAAAAUCACACUACCUCUUUAAUAAAUGUAUGGGACUACUUCACUAGAUCACCAUUCAAGAGGACUUAUGACGGAGACUACACUGAUAUUAUAAACUCAGGCUUUCAACCAAAUAGAUCAACAGAUAAUGAGUGGGUAAGGAAACUACCUAAAUCUGAGGAACAUAAAUGUUUAGAGGACAUUGGGGAUUUAGAUUUUCAAGAAUUCAGUACAAAUAAAUAUAGUGCUGAAGAAUCUCCAACUUUAAAUAUCCCCCUUUUAAAAUCAGCCAGUGACGUAUCAGCAUCAGAAACUUCAGAUGAUGAAAAAUGCACAAACGUAAAAUUUAAAGUACCUACUUUAUUGCCAGCAAAUCAGGGGCAAAUGCGUGUGAUUCAAGCUUGGCCAGAGAAUGGGAAUGAUAUCAAGUUUAAGACAAGGCAGAAGAAAAAAAUGGUUGAACGCCUUGCCCCCAUCAAUCUGUUAAUAGAUGAAGAAUAUGUAUUACGAAAAAAGGAAUCAAAAAAAUUUGACAGGGUUAUAAUUGAAGAUUUAUCAACAGAAGAAUUUGAGACAGUUACACAUCUAAAACCAUGUCACAUCGAAAUUGCUAACAAUGAACAAAAAACUGAGUAUCAGCAAAAGAUUAACACAUUUAAUGCUAAUACAGAAAAUCUAAACAAACAAGUGAAAUUUUUCUCUGUACAAAAUGAGCCUCAACGAUUCGAUGACUUAAUAAUUGAAGACUUGGCAACAGAAACAUUUGAUAUCACAUCUGUAGGACUUAAACCGCGCUGUUUUGAAAUACAUAAGAAUACCCAGGACCAUGAUUACAGAAAACGUGAUGUAAGAGUUCAUGCACAAGAAACAGACCACCCAUUAAAAAGUGAAAAUGGCUAUUCUUCAUCUCUGCUACAGGAUGAUGGUAUCGUGUGGGUAAAACCACUGCAUUCGCCCAAUGCUGAUAAUCGUAGCAUUGAUAACAGAAUUGAAAAGAAAGCUUUUCUACCAAUGCAUAGAAGUCAGAAAUAUAAAAGUACAGAUACGAAAUGCUCAUUGUUGACUAAAGAAUUGAGACCGUGUGAAGAUGUAAGGUUGGAUAACGUUACAAGAGCCGACAAAGAUAAUGCAAUAAUGAAUGCAUUUGGAUCUAUGAUGGAUUUGUGUAAUGAUAAUCUUAAAGACAGCAUUACUAGACACUUGGAAUUGAAUUUGCCAAUCACAUCACCACAAAAGAUUAACAGGACUUCUGGCCUUAUAAAUCUUAACAACGAAAUUAAUUUGUCCUCAAGUUUUUCUAAACAAUCGCCCUCUUCCAAAAUAUCUCUAAUUCCUACUAAAAAAUGCACGAAUGCAAGCUCUUUAAGAAAGAUAACAUAUUCUACACGCAGUUUGUCAAGUAAGGGAAUAUAUUCUUCUUACAGCCCAAUCAAGUUGAUGCUAAGAAAAAAUUUAUACACGAGUAAAUGCAAAUCUUGUCCAGAUAUUUACAGACGGUUCAAAAGCAAUUUGAGGAAACAUAAAGUCAAUUCUAUUGGGAAUAAGAAAUCUCUUGGUAAAAUAUAUCCAGAAUCAAACAAGCAACUAAACUCCAUGAAGUACAACGAAUACCUACAUGAGCUAAGGAAAUGUAACCAAGUAAAAUAUUCAGUUGAUUGUGAAAGUAGAGAUGAAGAUCUUACAAUUAUGAUGGAAUGUGCUAGGAACAAAAAUCACAAACCUAAAAACGGUAAUGCUAGAGAAACUGAGGAUCACGAAAUAAUUAAAACUGUAGUAGCAUGUGUCAAUUGGAUGAAUGAUGUUAUUUCAGGUGCAGAUAACUUUUCUGCCUCAGAAGGCAACAUGAUGAACAACAUUAACAAUGAUGAAAUUACAUCAUUGGAGCUACAUUCAUUAACUGAAAUGCUGCCACUCACACAAAACGUAAACGUUGAGUCCGUGUCUGGAGAAAAUGGAAAUGACAAGGAAAGACGCACAGAAGUGACAAACUUAAAGGAAACAUCAAAAAUAACCCUUGCUGAAAAGAAUUUCUAAAAUGUAUAAAUGUAUUAUAACAUAAUAAAAAAUAAAUA